AUGGCUUCUGUACCCAUCCAGCCAAUUUUCAUCUGCGGCAAUGACGAGUACCGUAUCAGACUUCUCUCUGUCAAGCUGACCGGCUCCUUCUCCAACACAGGAUAUAUCUCUUCUAUGAUAAAGCCUGUUGCAGUCUUCUCAGUCCUGCCAUACAAAGGAAGUGCUAUAGAUUCUUCUCCAUCACAGUCUCCUGGCCCCAAAGAGAUCCCGGGCCUUCUUUUGAUCUGUGAAACCCUAGAGCAACGGCAGGAAUAUCAUUACAACAGCCCUCGGCGAGUUGUCAUGCCUAUCACGGUUUUCUUGGAGAAUGGUAUGAGUGUAGAGGCUGACACUUAUGUCUUUCCCGUUGCAGCUAUCGAUGAAGAAUACUGGGACGACUGGGAGUUACAUGCGUGUGUUUCCUCUGCGAGACCUUAUCCCAUCUCUUGCCCAGCGCCAGGAGAGCCGGCCCCAAACAUGCCAGGCAUCUUAGACGAAGAUUCCACCGACGACUCAGUGAGCGCAGAUCAGCCCAUUAAAGACCCAAAACUGUGA